UGAAAUCUUAUUCCCUCGCUCUUACUUAAAAACACAUGAAAUGUCCCUUUAAGAUAUCACGUUGUGCUGUUACGUCAGGUUGCCGAUAAGCGUUACGUCAGAGGGAACAGCGAAAGAACAAAAUGGAGGAGUAUGCCAGAGAACCAUGUCCCUGGAGGAUUGUGGAUGACUGUGGGGGAGCCUUCACCAUGGGAGCUAUUGGAGGAGGAAUAUUCCAGGCAGUAAAAGGCUUCAGAAACGCACCCUCAGGGAUGAGCCACAGAAUGAGAGGUAGCUUGACUGCCAUCAAGACCAGAGCCCCACAGCUUGGAGGAAGCUUCGCAGUAUGGGGAGGCCUCUUCUCCAUGAUUGACUGUGGUUUAGUAAAAGUACGAGGGAAGGAGGAUCCCUGGAACUCAAUCACAAGUGGGGCCAUGACUGGAGCUAUCCUCGCUGCAAGAAAUGGACCAGUAGCCAUGGUAGGCUCUGCAGCCAUGGGAGGCAUCCUUCUGGCAUUGAUAGAGGGCGCUGGAAUCCUGCUUACGAGGUUUGCCUCCUCACAGUUCCCAACUGGGCCCCAGUUUGCAGAGGAACCGGCCCCCACUGCCAUGCCCUCCGCCUCCUUUGGAGACUACAGACAAUAUCAGUGAGAGGUCUCCCUACUUCUCGUCCACUAGGCCUUUUUGAAUUCCUUGCUGAAGUUACGAAGAAGAAAUGGAGAUGCAAAGUACCACACAUCAAACCAUAGCAACAGCACCCAACUUUUAACGGACUGUGUCGGAGAACUGAAGGACAAAAACACAUCUUCAUUUUCUUUCUUUCAGGAGCCAUGUACAGAUCUGCCUUUUUGCCAUUCUCAGCCUUGUCAUGUGCAUCUGCUUCACCUCGCAUUACUUAAAUACAGAUCUGUUCGAUGUUCCAGAGUUUGUAGGGGUGAUCUGUGUUUUUUCUGUUUUGUUCAUAUAUAGUAUUUGCUGCAUGUAGACCGACAAGUGGGAGAUCAAGACUGACGAGCUCUGGAAAAUGUUGAAUUUAGCAAAACACGUCACACAUGGGACAUCAUGAUUUAUAUAUAAAGAUGAUGUACAUAGAGUAAAAGCUUUCCACUUGUAUUCAAUUAGUCUUUAUUUGCCUUAAAUAUGUCAUCUGCUUGGGCUGGUCACUGACAUCUGGCUGGCCUUCAUUAUUUGAUUUAUGAAGGCAGACACCUAUCAGAUACAAUGCUAUUCCUGGGAUAUUAGUUUGUUUUAAAGUGAUUUAUUUAUUUUAGGUUUUAUUAAGUUCUUUUGCGUGUGACAGCGCUUUUUACAUUCAACACGAGGAGGUGGAAAACGACAGGUAAUGACCAAGGUUGGCAAAGGCAGUACAAAUGAAUGGAUUAACUCAAGCAAGGGAUUGAUCCAUGCUGUAUAAAAUCUGUAUGACAGAUUGUACUAUGGUACAAUAAAGAAUUAAGUUGU